AUGGCCGCCGGCCUCAGAUGCGUAGACAAGUUCCGUGCUCAUACUUCUUCCGAUCACGAUAUGGUCGUUAUGGGACAGGCGUGCAAGCUUUGUGACGACCCACUCAAAUCUCUGGAGAUCAAUCAGGGAUCUCUUCUCGUUCCUUGGUUUGGAGAUAAAGGAUUGAUGAUCGACAGAUACGAUUGCCGAGGCUACCUAGCUGAUAUUAGCGUCUACGACACAGAUCACGUACUCAGACGUGCGCCAUCUCUUUCUAUCGAAGAACAAGAUAUAGAAAAGCUAUGCGAUUAUGAGCGAUAUCUUGAACUUCGCGAGGACCUUCCAGAAAACGUUUCAGAGGAGGGUGAGUAUGUGGCUCAUAAGGCGCUUUCCGCUUGA